UGUUUCAUAAUUGUAACCAUAUAUAUCUUAAUUAUGAAAAAUCUGUGUUUUCUAAUCUUAAUUUUUGCUUUAUUUAUUGUUCGAGUUUGAAUAUUAAAUAAAAAAAUUUCCUUUCUUUUAUUUUUUUCAUUUCUCUCUAGGCAAAGUUUUCUGCCGCAAAAUAGGUUUUUUUUUUUGCUUUGACCUGGUUUAUAGAGGCGAGGCAACUCCCGUUGUUGAGAUUCAUUUUUCCCUCAAAUUCAAAUUCUGGACUUGCCAAUUCUGAGAACCCAAACGAAAGGUCCUCUUUUCAAAGUAAAAGGGGUCUGCUUUCACGUCAUAGCACUACCCUUAAUCUUCUUUUUCCCUCCUUGUACAUUGUCUCUGGUGCCCACCCUCUUGUUUGGUUGCUGAGAAUACGGGGAAAAGGAAAGGAAAAGAAAAGAGAAAGAUGAUGGAAAAAGUUAGCUCUAUUUUGAUAAAAUACAAGAAAUAAGUAUAAAGGAAUAAUUCCUUGAGCAUACGAAGGUUAAAGAGUGCUUCUGAUUGAAGGUACAUUGAAAUGGAGGGUGGUAUCUAUAGAGGCAUAGGAAACGGAACACAAGUAGAUGGGAAGGUUUUGCAGACAUUUCAGAAGAACUUUGUUCAAGUUCAGGACAUUUUGGACCAGAACCGGUUGCUAAUUAGUGAGAUUAACCAGAACCAUGAGUCAAAGAUCCCAGACAACUUGAACCGGAAUGUGGGACUAAUCAGAGAGCUUAACAACAACAUCAGAAGGGUGGUAGAUCUCUAUGCUGAUCUCUCAACUUCUUUCACCAAGUCAGUGGAAGCUUCAUCCGAAGGCGAAUCGGCUGGUACCUUAAAAUCAGAUGGAAAAACUAGUCAGAAGAGAAUUAGAUCCGGGUAGUUGUUUUAAUUGAGCUAUCUCUUAUUGAUUCUGAACCAUUCCAUUGUUGAAUAAGAAGAAAGAUUAUUCUGACAUCCAAAGGAAAGAAGUACUUGACAAGAAUGUAUAACAUUUCUGUAUCACUUUUAGAUGUUUGAGGCUUUGAGCAUCAUCUUAAUUUUAACCAGGCUUGAAUUUAAUUUACAUUUAUGAAUUCACCACUGUAGUUAUGCAAAACCUUUACUGCUGGAUUUUCAAUAUCCUUGUAACUGUGUUAAACCAAUUGGAUUAGAGGUUAUACAUGUUUAAUAUAUUGGUGUUCAAUUUUUAA